CCUUCAAUAAGUUAGGUUCAUUUUUGGGUUAAAAAAAACAUAGCAUAAAAUGAUUUUGAAGACUAUUUCAUUAGUAUUUCUACUCACACUAGUUCAAGGGAGCAAAUAUAAUUGCAACCCUGAUAAUGUUGUAGAAUACUUCAAACGUUCUACGUAUGACUUUGCCGUCCGUAUUCUGGAUAGAGUGGGUCAACAGACUGACUUUGACUUUGUGUUCUCACCACUGUCUACUUGGCUGCAACUGAUGACUCUGGCAGAAGGAGCAACAGGAGAUACAUUAAAAGAAAUACGCGAGGUAACAGGAGUUCAUCCCUUAGAAUGUUUCAGGCGAAAGUUCAAGGAAAUUCUCAAUACGAUGGAAUAUGAACUGAGGCCCGUGAUGAAUCGAUCGAGCGUUAUAGCUAUUGACAAGUUGUUGGGCGUUAAAGACUCAUUUGUGAAAAAAGUGAAGACAGCAAAUACAGAUAAGAUUGUUUUGUUAAAUUUCCAUGAUCAAAAAGAAAUUUCAUCGCAAAUAAAUAAAAUUGGAAAUCCGUUUGACGCUAAUGAUUUUGAAUUAACGGAUUUUUUGAUGACGAGCACGGCAUACUUAAAAAGUUACUGGUGCAAACCUUUCAAUCCUGUGUAUACUAUGACAGAAAUGUUUUAUUCGGAAGAAAAUGUACCAAUUGGGCAAGUAAGAUUGAUGCACCAGGAAGAGUACUUUAAUUUAACAGAAUUGCCCAGUAUUACUGCUAAAGUGUUAGAAUUGCCUCUUAAUUCGAACAACAGACUGUCAAUGCUGGUUUUUAUACCUACCAAUAUUACUGUGAUGGAUUUGUUUUAUCAACUAAAAUAUUUAAGUUUGUCAACUAUUUUCAAUCGUUAUGAAGCGGAGGGGACGAAAUUGGUGAAAGUAAAAUUGCCGAGGUUUAAAAUAACGACAGAGUUACUGAAUUUAGCAGAACUUGUAAACGACAUGGAUGUGAAUCGCAUAUUUUACCCGGAGGUGGCUGAAUUUGGUGGUAUAUCUGAUUACCCGAUGUACGUGUCUUUGAUGAGCCAAAUAGCUGAUAUAGAAGUUACAGAAACUGGCGUACAAGCUAGUGAUAUUGCUGAAAGUUUAAUACGUGAGCCUGCAAACAGUAUAACAUUUAGUGCAGACAGGCCUUUCGCAUACAUCAUAGUUGAUCGACCAACUGAAACUAUACUUUUUGGUGGAAUAUAUGGUAACCCUUCUAUUUAUUAAAUGUUUAUUCAAAAAAUAAAUUGUAUUUAUUAAAUGAUAUUGUUGUUUAUUCAAAUAAUAAAUGUUAUU